AAUUAAAUUUUUAUUCGUUUUCGGUAACCUGGAUUACACUUUUGCCUUCGUCCUCGCCAUCCUGCGUGUCAUCUUGUUCAGUCAAAAUCAAAGCUAGUCAAUCCACUAUAGCCUGAGGCUACUGUAAGUGAGUGAAGUUCCCUUCAGCUGCAUCUGGAACUAGAGAAUCUAGAGAAUCUUUUGUGCCUGAUAAAGGAAUCAGUAAAAAAUUACAUUUUUAUUCGUUUUCGGUAACCUGGAUUACCUUUGCCUUCGUCCUCGCCAUCCUGCUGUCAUCUUGUUCAGUCAAAAUCAAUUCUAGUCAAUCCACCAUAGCCUCAGGCUACUGUAAGUGAGUGAAGGGAACACCAGCUGCAUCUGGAACUAGAGAGAAUCGUAGAGAACCUUCCGAACCUUUUAUCAGGCUUAAGGAAUCUUAAUCCUUUUCUUUAUCAAUUUUUUACUUUACGACAUGGGAAGUAUACUGUCGUUUUUGAGCCGUGGCGCUAAUGUGGCUAAUUCAGAUGUAGCUUUGGUGCCAUCGACCAUUAAUCCUGGAAGGGAUAAUCGCAUAAAAAGGCCUUACUUCGUGGUUAAUGGUGUGGCCUGCUAUACAAGUGAGCAGCUGGAGGUGGAACUGAAAAAGGAUGAGAGUUUCCGAAUGAGGAAAGUCCUGGAUUUAAUCGAGAAUGAGGGAGAUUCCACUCGGCCUUCAACUUCAAGCCUCGAAGAUACCAAUACUACGGAUCUUCUUGCUGAAGUCGUAAAGAACACCGUCGAGUGCAAACGGAUGCGUCAAAUUGCUGAAAAAUUGGAGGAAAUGAAGGUGGAGAUCAUUCACAUGGAACAGAAGCAGGGUUUUAUGGAAAAUCUAAGGAAUGUUCAAUAUAAACGUCCCGUUUUUCCCAUAAAUCGACUUGCGAAAAAGAUCAGGAACGUCAGAGCUCGUCAGAUUAUCAAUAGAAUUGGUGAAAUGUUUAUUAAAUUGCAGCUCGAAGAGGAAAAGAAACGUAAUUUGGAUGAAGGCGUAUGCUAUACAUAUUUUGUAUCCAUAAAACCCACUGCUGGAGCCUCAAAUUGUGCCGUAGAAUUGGUUGGACAAACCGUAGAAGAUGUAGCUGAACAGCCCCAGAAUCAGUUGGUGUCCAAAGAAAAGGGAUCCGUAGGGGAACGACAAUAGAGGACCAACGAUAUUGUUUUUGAUGUAAUGGUUUUCAAAAUUUCGAAAUAUGCAUUUUUAGACUUUAUGACGUUUAACACGAAACUAAAUUUAAAAUUGUUAUGUGAAAAGGAGGUUCCACACGAAACAACUAAAUUUGCAAGUAUUUAGAUUUGUAAGCCUUCAUCAGUCUGAAGAAUGGCAAAGAAUUGUUGAUAUCUA